CGGGACUUAAGUUCCAACAGGUUCACGUUUCAUUCUGUUCUUCCUGAAAAUGGAAAAGUCGAAAAACUGGCAGGAAAAUUCUUCUCGACUCGUUGCCCUGGAGAAUGGAUCGACAACAAGUCUGAGAAACCAGUCCGGAUCGGAGCAGUUUGCACCAUACACCAAUGUUAUCAUGCCAAGCCUGUUUGGAAUCAUCAGUUUUUUGGGCAUCAUAGGCAACUCCAUGGUAAUCUACACAAUUGUUAGAAAGACCAAGUUCAGGUACAAGCGCACAGUGCCUGACAUAUUUAUCUUCAACCUGUCCUUGGUAGAUCUGUUGUUUCUUCUGGGAAUGCCUUUCCUUAUUCAUCAGCUUGUUGGGAAUGGAACCUGGCAUUUUGGAGCAGUUAUGUGCACCAUCAUUACCAGCUUAGACAGCAACAGCCAGGUCACCAGCACCUACAUAUUGACCGCAAUGACCUUCGAUCGUUACCUGGCCACAGUCCACCCUCUGAAAUCGGCCUACAUGCGCACACCAUCCGUGGCUACCUUGGUGAUCUGCUUGGUUUGGUUGGUGUCCUUCUUAACCAUCAUCCCAGUGUGGCUGUACAGUGGGUUAAUGUUACGUCCUGACGGUAUGGUUGGUUGUGCUUUACUUUUGCCCAACCCAGCCACUGACAUUUAUUGGUUUACACUUUACCAGUUCCUACUGGCUUUUGCCAUCCCUCUAGUUAUCAUCUGUGUGAUUUACUUCAAGAUCCUUCAGCACAUGUCCACAACCGUGGCCCCACUACCACAGAGAAGCAUAAGGUUGAGGACAAGGAAAAUGACCCGGAUGGCAGUGGCCAUUUGUACAACCUUUUUCAUAUGUUGGGGACCUUUCUAUAUCCUUCAGCUGGUUCAUCUAAGGAUUGAGAAGCCAAGCGUCACUUUCUUCUCUGCGUACAACUUUGCUAUAAGCCUGGGCUACGCUAACAGCUGCAUCAACCCUUUUUUGUACUUUGCCUUGAGUGAGACCUUCAAGCGCCAUUUUCUGGUAGCAACACAACCUGCUCACCAGCAAUUCCAAGUGGACAACAGUGAGGCAGAAGGGACCAUGUCCAUCAGGCUGUCUGGCAAACCCUCUCAACGCACCCGCUUCACAGGAGAGCUUUCACAAAAUGGUUUGCCAGUAUCAGUCACAGUUCAGUGA